UGUGGAUGUAGUAGAGUUGUGUGUGUGGCAUGGGGAAGAACUUGGUUACUGCAACUCUUCAGUCGCCCUUGUGUCUCAAAGAGUAAAAGAGCGUUCCUUUAGAUAUCCUGCAGUUUCUCUCUGCAAAUAAGUUUCCGAAAAUUUGGACGUCAUUUCCACCCAAAAAAAGAUUGGAUGCGGGAGGAGUCCGUGCGGUGAUUGAAGAAAUAGUCAUCGGGUCGCAUACUGUAAGUAACUUUGCCCUUGGUGAAAGUUCACCCCGGAGAGAAAGUCGUGUCUCGUGUCCUCCCAGGAGCCGUGGUCUGGACGGAGAAAGAGGGAGAAGAGAAAGACUAUACGAGUUGACUAAAGUUGUUUUUGGUUGGUGAAUGUGAGACGACGCGAACGACGACAAAAAAGUGUCGUGCUGUCAACCCUUCCUGCGAUUGGCUCCCUCCGUUUGGAUGGGCGUUCUGUCGUCCCUUCCCGGAUAAGCAUCUCUCUUUACGAGGACUCUCUCUUUAGUGAACAAAGUACUAAGCUUGUGCAGUAGUCGUGGUGGUGGAUGUCAUCCCUAUUUGUCGUUCUUGUUACAGCGUGGGGAUGAAAUUUUAAUGUCACCCGUUAACAACAUGCGAGUAAAUAAAAGUGAUAAAUUCUUCGUGGAUUAUACAUAAAAAAGUUCAAAGUUGUGUGAAGGUUGGAUUAUUAUGAGUCAGUUGCUAUUAAUAAAUUAUUAAUAAGUAAGUAAAGCUAUGAAAAAUGGAUUGGACAAGUCUUUGACGACGGCUACUACUAUAUAUUUAUGAAAACUUGUCUCAAAUACGUACUUGCUGUAAAACCACGUUGGUCCACUGCUACCUAAACAUGCAGGCUUGACUGGGUGGUCAGAUUGGCAGAUAUUGAUACGACACGACCACGACACAUUUCUAAUAUUGGAAUCAUGGACCUGAAACUCCGCUGCAGCGCGGGAUCGGGAUGCGAUUGUGUCAAUUUUGUUGCAGCCACGAGUAAAGAUUCGCUCAGAGUUUGUGAUGGUUGCAGCCACUCUUGGAUGACGCAUUUAUUGGAGAAGCUUAUGACAUCGAGGGAUGAUGCCCUGUCGAUUUUUGACGUCUGCUCGCUGGCCCUCUAUGGGACACACGCAUUGCCCAUUCGGCUCAAGAUUGUCAUCGAACGACUUCUUGCCACACUACAACCGGACGAAGUUGACAAAAUCCUUCGCAGCUUUGGUUGGACGCCGCAAGAUUUGGCGAGGGGAUAUAUGGUUCAGGAUCCUCGUGGCGGUCUCUUAUCCAAGUGGACGAUGCCCCCUCGAGACGAGGAGGUUGUCAUUCUCCAGCAAUUUUUCCGUUUCCCGAUCACUUCCGCGCUAAGUUUUGCCCUGAUGAGGGACGAUUUUCCCCUCAUGUCGCCCGGCAUGGGGGCAGGAGUCCUUCGCCCGAGUAACUUUUCUUCCCUGUUUCAUCCCCUAUUGAAUCACACCUUGGCCCCCUCAACCAACAACCCGGCCACACCCAGCCUCAACAACAAUAAUAACACUUCCUCCGCCAACAAUAAUGGCAACAAUUUGAGCAGCACCAACUCCACGGGAAGUGCUUGCAGUUCCUCCAACACUUCCCUCCUCUCCCCAAAGAGUCCUCUAAAUCAUAACAACAAUAACAGUGUGGGAGGAGGAGGAGGAGGUGGUGGUAGUGUUCCAUCAGCGGGAUCUCUUUUCGCCCUAAAUUCACAUCUCAACCAUUUGGGUGGACUUGGACUGCCUCACUUUCCUCCAGUCUCGCUAGCUAAUUUCACCACCAAUGCUCCAACACCGAGUAACAAUCAUUCUAAUAGUAACCACCCCUCCAGUGGGCAAAAUAAUGGGAAAAGUCAUCAUCAACAGCAGAAUAAUGAGCAACGCGGCGGCGGAGCUGGAGGAUCAGGGGACAGAAGUCGGGGACGCAACAGUCGCCGCAGUACAAACUCAUCGGCUCUCAACUUAUCCGUUCAAUCCGACUCUGACGAGGAAGAUAAUCACAACUUGGCUGAAUUGAACUUGUCCUCCUCUGCCGCCGCCGGCCCUACAAAUUCAUCAUCCGAACAGAGAAAGCAGGCAAAUGAAGUUGUCGAUCUGAGCUCCUCAACCACCAAUACGAUCAACGGGAAUCUGAGUUCAAAGUCGAACAGCAGCAGCAACAACAAACGGAUGUCUUCAUCCUCCGUCACUGGUGGGAACGGGUCCUCCUCCAUGAACCACACCCCCACCUCAUCCUCCUCCAACAAUGAUCACCAUCCGCUCCACCACCUCCACGCCGCGGAACGAGAUCGGUUGAUCAGCUCUCUCAACUCGUUACUUCCAAACGCCACAAAUCACAUGAACCAUCAUCACGGUGGUCACCAUCCCCUCAACCAUCACCUCAACCAUCUUCACCAGCAGCAGCAGCAACACGGCUUGGUGAAAGGAGGUGGUGGUGAAAGCUCGGUGGAAAACCAUCACCACCACCACCAAAGCAGCAGCAGGGAGAAAGAUCAAAGCAACCACCGGAGCAGUGGUAACCCGUUGGGGAUGAGUAACGAACUUUUAAGCAAUCUCAACAAUAUGCACAAUCUCAACAAGUCGGUUGAUCUCAUGGCGGCGGCGGCAGCAAUGGCGAACAGUAGUAAUGGACCUUCCAGUGGCGGUGGUGGUGGUGGAGGAGGUCAUGGAACUCCACAUUCACGGAAGGCAAUGCAACCCUUGAAGAGGGAGCGAGGUUGGAAUCCAGUUCCGAUGUCAGCAGGUCAACUUGUCAAUCCCAGCUCGGCCAUGACGGCUGCAGGAAAACGACGUGUGCAAUGUUCCGUCUGUCUGAAAACAUUUUGCGACAAAGGAGCCCUCAAAAUCCACUUUAGUGCUGUACAUCUCCGUGAAAUGCACAAGUGCACGGUGGCCGGGUGCAAUAUGAUGUUCAGUUCGAGACGAUCGAGAAAUCGGCAUUCGGCGAAUCCAAAUCCGAAACUGCACUCGCCACAUUUACGGAGAAAAAUCUCGCCACACGAUGGUCGAUCUAGUCAACCUCUCAUCAAUCUGAAUAAUCCUAUGCUAUUUCCCGGCUCGGGAAUGAGGUUCCCACCAUUCCUGCCUGGGAUGGGGUUGCCACAUAAUGGUCGUGGUGGGGCUGGGAUGUCGCUAGAUGACAAGGAUGAUGAUAAAAGCAGUGAUGAUGACACUAUGGAUUUGAAACAUAUGGUGAAAAUGGAAAGAGGAAUGAUGAUGGAUCCCGACGGCUCCAAUUCAGAAGCUUCUUUCUCCUCUAAUGAGGCAAACGAGGAACUUCUAGAGCCGAAAUCUUCCCCAUCCAAUAACAGCUCUAGCAACAAGAAGGACGGUGCUCGGAAGAGAAAGUUGACAAAUCCGGUCCGUCUUUCCAACGUGGCUGACGAGUCAAACGACGAGUUUUGCUGUUACGACGACGGGACCGUGGUCUCCCAUGAGGACGACGACAUUGAAGACAAUGACGAACCCGAUCAGCGAUAUCACCACUUAUCUUCCACCAAAAGUGAGGAUGGGAGCAGUGUGAAGCAUGGUGAAAGUAAUUCCACUUCCCCACAAAACGGUCACCCUGGAACACCCCCGGACGGUACAAAGCAUAACGCCGAUGGUGAGUACGACGAUCGCGAUGGAAAGCGGAGAAAGUCGUCGGACGGAGAAUUACUGGAUUCCACCAAAGUCAACAAGUUAAGGACUUUCGCCACCAAGGACGCCAGCAGCAGGAGACUUUCUUCCUCCGAUGACAACCACAACAACCCAGAGAAAGGUAUGAACCAUAAUGACGAUGGUAACAAUGAGGAGGAGACUGACCACUUGGGAAAGUUGGAGGCAUUACCAAUUUUCUCUUCCACCUCACCUCACAACAAUCUCUCGGAUUCCUCGUUAAAGUCUGAAGAUGAGGACAACAGGGAGGAGACAGGAUCGCCGAAUUCCAAUGGAGAUAUUCCUCUCGAUCCAGAAAACCCAAGGCGAUGUCUGGUCUGCGGCAAACACUUCCAAAACCAUUUUGGACUCAAAGCCCACAUGCAAAAUGUACACUUGAAGUUGAUGCACAAAUGUACGGUGGACGGUUGUAAGGCAGCUUUCCCUUCUAAGAGAUCCCGAGAUCGUCACGCUUCUAAUUUAAAUCUCCACCGUAAACUUUUGUCAACUUCUGACACCUCAAACCAUGGCUGUAGCAGUAAUGAUAGUUUUAACAAGGACAAUGAUGACGAGGAGGAAGGUGAGACGCCUGGAUCUCUUCUGGAUACCUCACCUCCUUCUCUUCUUGCUCCUCAUCAUGCCCCGCUCUCCACCACGACAACCACACCCAACGCGUUCUUCAAUCCUUACAACUUAUUCAACAAUAAUGGAUUUGCUGUUCCUCCCAACGUUCUCGGGCUUCCGUCUCAGCUUAACGUAAGGAAACAAAUGAAAAUGUUUGACAAUUUUCCAAACUCUCAUUUUCACACGAGUCUAAGUCCACCCAUGGGUAACACGCCGUGGAAUCCAUUUCUCCACCCUUUUAACAUGUUCCCCUCUGCUUUUGGUGCCCCUCAUCUUACCUCCGGGGUUCCGAAAGACGUUCCUUCCAUUGUUGACUGUCGCUUUUGCGGAAAAUCUUUCGUCGAAGGUCCAACUUUUAUCAACCAUUUGGAGUCCUCCCACUCCGAAGAUUUGUUCAGGUGUAAAUGUUGUAGUUUGGUGUUUGACUCUGGUAAGAAAUUAGAGUCUCACUCUAAAACCUGUGUAGAUUGAGCAAUAAUAAAACAGUAAGUCUUAUAUUUAUUUAGUUGUAUUAAUUUAUACUAAAUAUUUUUAGUAGUUGCAUGUCACCAGGUUUUAAUAAUAUCUAAUUACUCAAUUAAUUCACUCAUCAUAUCGCCAGCAGUUCCUUUUAUUUGAGUUCAUAAAAUUAUGUAUGCAGGUACAUAAUUAAUUAAAGUUAAGAUUAAAACUCUUCAUAGUCAGCCAGGUUAUUGGGGUAUUGUACAUACUAACAAAUCUUAGGAUUAGAUUGAGAAUAAUCACUUAAACAUAUGGUUAAACACGUAAAUAAUAAUUUUAAAGUGAUCCACAUAUGACAUUUGACCUCCGACCUCGAGCAUUUCACUGAACAACAAACCCACCACCAUUUGGGGGCUUCUUACAUAUAAACCUUCAUAAAAUAUCAUUAUAUUAGUAUUUAUCGUAACGUAAUUACAUCCACAAAUCAUCUCCAUCAUCAUGCCUACACAGUAUAAUUGUACAGAUCAUAGUUUUAGUAGACGCCAGCCGAUGUCACAAAAGUUUAAGUGACCCGCUGCAUUUUAAGCUUUGUAAUUUUAAUUCAAUUGUUAUCAAGGUAAAUAAGGAAUUAAAUAAUUUAAGACUCGUUACAACAUAGCAGAAUGCUUGAUUUUAUUUAUUAGAAGUCUGAUUUUUUAACGAGUCCACAAUAAAUACACGAUGACAGAGAAAAUCUAGAAAGUACAUAUGCUAGUUUAAGUAUAAAUACAUAAUUAGUGCGUAAUUAGAAGGAUAAAUACUUGUAGAAAAUGUAGUACUAAAUUAUUACUGUAAAGUCAACCUUACUUAUCACCCACUAGAACCUUAUUAUUGUCUCUCAUUUUUGUCACAUUUUAAGAAUAUACAUCCAUAAAUCAAAUCAGUGAAUAAUUUAGCUGAAGACGCUCGUUCAAAUAGUAAUAGUUCAUCUCUAGCUUAAAAAAGUAGCCAUACUUAAUUAUCGUUGUUAUCACUUUAUUGUAAAAGAAUGAAUAAAAUAUCGAUCUCGUUUUUUGUUAUGAAAGUC